AUGGACUGUCCACCGAUACCGCGCACCUGGUUACUCGCACCGUUGCCAAAGAAACCAGAGAAGCGUCCAGUCGGUCGACCCAGUAAAAAAACACGUCUGGACGAUGACACAAAUGUAUCAACAACCGAUGUCACCAGUAACGACCAUACCCUGCAGACUGCUCAAAUUAGGACGACACCAUCAACAUUGCAGUCACCGGCAACAAAGAAAAGGGGCGUGUAUAAGAGAUAUUCUAUACAGAAACGUAAAUGCGUAUUAGAAAAGGCAAGUGUAAUUGGUUUCAAUGCGGCUGCCAGGUUGUACAAUAUUCCACCUUCCACUUUGAAGACGUGGAAAAAGUACACAUUUGAUUCAGCUCGACUUACCAAAGCUGGUCGACGUAUUGGUAGCGGUCGCAACAUCUCAUACCCGAGAGAGAUGGAUGAGCAGAUUUUAGCUUGGGUCCUCGAGCAACGAGACUUAAAGUUACCUGUAACGAUAGACGCGAUACGUAUCUACGCACUCCAGCUAGUACGACCAGUGCAGCCCGACUUCAAAGCAUCGAAAGGAUGGUGUCAACAAUUCAUGCAACGCCACGACCUCGUCCUGCGCUCCAAAACUUGCCUGCAAAUUUAG